AUGGCGGCCACAGCAUGGAUUAUUGUUUUCCUCGUUAUGUUUAACUGUUUAGUGCUGGGAGAGAAGAAACGGGAAUACAAACUAGGUCUUCUCAUUCCCUACAGGAAAGUCAAUCCUUAUUUUCAGAACGAUUACAACAAAGGGGAGUCGUUUGCGGCCGCUAUGACCAUAGCCGUGGAACGAAUAAACGCGAACCCAACACUCUUGGCAGAUUAUAAUUUGACAUUUGUGUGGAAAGACACAGAGUGCAACGAACUGCUUGCUGUUCGCGAGCAGCUAAAUCAAAUUAAUUCUGGAGUACAAGCUUUUAUAGGACCCGGCUGUUAUUGCCAGACGGCGGCGAAAAAUGCUGCGGCAUUCAAUAUGACGAUGAUAUCCUUCGUGAGUAUGCAAUCUUUCAUGUUGUGCAGUUUAAUAUCGGCUUUUCUACGCUGA